AUGGGUAUGCCAAUCGCAAAUAUGAAGUCUGACGUUGAAGACUUCCUCGCUCCCCUAGCCGUUGAUGAGGCAAAGGUGCACGCGUUAUCGCUUGAGUUCUACCGAACAUUUCAGAACCUAUCUGCGAACUCGUUAAACCAAUUCCUGCCAACACCUAUAUCUGAGUCAAUAUUACGGCCCACCGCAGGUAGGGAAAAAGGACGAUACUUAGCUAUUGAUAUCGGUGGUAGUAACUUAAGGGUUGGCUUUAUCGAGCUGCUUGGAAACGAGAGGGCCAUUAAUGGCGAUCGUACCAAUGGUGAUAUAGUGACUCCAAACGGAAAGCCGUUGUCCAACAUCCGUCGAUUACUCGAGAAAUCGUGGCCAAUCUCGGAUGUGCUCAAAAAUGAGAACGCCGAUUCGCUGUUCAGAUGGAUCGGAGCUUGCAUUGCAGAGGUUGUGCGAGAAGGGUGUCACGAAUUUGGCCUGGCUCGAGAUCGAGCGCUUCCCAUGGGAGUUACGUUCAGUUUUCCAAUGGUACAGGAGACUUUAGCCGACGCUACACUGAUGGCGAUGGGGAAAGGAUUCGCUAUCACCUCGAGAUUACAGCUUGGGACUCAUCUAGUCAACGGCUACGAGAAAUCAAAGACUCCAGAUUUGCCUCCUAUCGAAGUCGCGGCUAUCCUAAACGACUCGGUUGCGACAUUAGUCUCCUUCAUCUACCAAUCUAAAGAGGAUGAAACCCAUAAGGCGGCGAUGGGACUUAUCUGUGGAACCGGCAGCAAUGCGACGAUACCCCUUAAGAGGAGCAUUCUCCACAAAGAGAAGCAACCGGGCAAAGUCAAAGUUUUAGAUGAAGACUCAACCGAUGAUAUGAGAAUUGCAGUUAAUACCGAAUGGAGUAUUAACGGAACAGCACCAGCUCUACGAAAGUUUGGUUUGAUCAGCCGGUGGGACACGCAGCUCGACUCGGAGGGCGAGGCACCCGGAUUUCAACCCCUUGAAUACAUGACAGCCGGUAGAUACCUGGGCGAGCUUGGGCGGCUAAUGCUAUUAGAUUAUCUCGAGAACCACAUCAAUAUCCCCUCAGAUACUUUGCCGCCGCGGCUUCUAACACGAUUCGGCCUCACGACCACGUUUCUUAGUCAUUUCCGUCCUCCAGUUGCAGAAAUACUGCUGGAGAAACUAGAGGCGGAAUUCCCAGCAUCGACUGCAAAGGCACCCUUUCGGUGGACAGAAGAAAUUGCGGAUGUUUUACACAGGAUAGCCAAGGCUAUCGAAGUCAGAGCUGCUGCUAUUAUUGCGGCAGGUGUAAUUGGCUUGCUUGCUUGCGCAGGAGAUAUUCCCCUUCGAGAGCCGUUCCAAGAUCAACCCAACAAUCAUACCGCCAAGACAGGGCAACAGCCAAAGGUAGAGCUGGUAGUUGGAUACACGGGUGGGUGCAUCGUUCAUUUCCAGGACUACUUAGCAGAUUGCCAAAAGUUCCUCGACUCGAUAAUUGAAGCCGAAUUCUGCAAGGAUGCUCCUAUAAGAGUUGUUAUGAGCCCAUGUCACGACGGCGGCAUUACUGGAGCCGGCGUAUUGUGUGGUGCCUCUCAGGCAAAGUCCAAAGACAUCGAUGUCUAG